CCGAAUUUCUGAUAUCCGGCACAUUAUUUUAAUUUUUUUUUAGCAUAUUACCCAUUCUAAAUUAAUAACUCGAAGAAUCUUAGUUCUACUUAACCAUAGUAAAUCACUAAAUUUUCUCAAAGUUAAAUGAAUCUGAUCAAGAGUAAUAUAGUAUUUUAGCACGCCACUUUCGAACAAGUAACGUGUAAGCAUUGACCUAUUAUAAUAGGUCAAUGCGUGUAAGUAAAUUUAUUAAGUGUGUAAUUUUUAAACCAUGUAAAUGGCUGAACAACUAGAACUCCGAAAUCUGGUGAUUGAGUCGGAUACACCAUCGACAARUUCGCCGCUAACGCCAAACGUGACGUCUCCUAAAACACAAAUAAAAAUUCUCGGUUUACUGUUAGCUGCUAUAUCAUCUUUAUUUUUCUCUCUGAGUUCAUUGAUAGUGAAAUGGCUCGACAAUAUGGAUCCAUUGGAAUUAGCCGCAAUUCGUUUUGUCGGAAUAUUGAUUCCCUCAGUACCCAUUCUGAUCUACACUAAGCAAAAUCCAUUUCCAAAAGGUCAACGACUUAUGCUAGUACUUCGUGCUUUUGCUGGGGCCACUUCAGUGUCUCUCAUUUUCUAUGCCAUCAGACAUAUGCCCUUAGCUGAUGCUUCAGUAAUUGUAUUCAGUGUGCCUGUUAUAGUCGCAAUAUUUGCCAGAAUAUUUCUCAAGGAACCAUGUGGACUAUUCCAUUACUUUACAUUAUUUUUGACAAUGAUUGGAGUUUUAUUGAUCACAAGACCUCCUUUCUUAUUUGGCCAGUCAACGAAACAAUACAACUUUUUAGGUCCAUUAGCUGCUUUGUUAUCUACAUUUUUUGGAGCUAUAGUUUAUAUACUACUUAGAGCUUUGAAAAAUUUACAUUUCAGUGUUAUAUUGGUGACAUUUUCUGYUUAUUCUAUUAUACAAACAACUAGCAUGGCUUGGGCAACAGGGAACUUGAGUUGGCCAAAAUGCGGUAUUGAGAGAAUUUUAUUGAUCGCUUUGGGAAUAUUCAGUUUUUCUGGGCAAAUGUUAUUAACCAUUGCAGCUCAACUCGAAGAAGCUGGAUUAAUUGCUAUUGCAAGGACUGUCGAUGUGGUGUUUGCUUUUCUGUGGCAGAUAAUAUUUUUUAAUGAGGUACCUAAUAUUUUUAGUAUUAUUGGUGCAGUGUUGGUGACUUCAUCUGUUAUACUGAUUGGUCUAAGAAAGUGGAUGAUGUCUAUGCCGUCUACUUCUAGUUUCAGAAAAAAAUAUGGUUUUCUAUUUUUAUGACAGCCACAUAUAUUUUACUUAAAGUUAAACUAU